AGUGAGUUUCAAUUCAAUCGGUCACCAGUCACCACCUGGGCUCUUAAUUGUUCCACUGAGCAUGGCCCAGAUAAUUAGAUGCACAUUUCGUUUAGGUUCAUUGAAAUUGGACAAAAGUCCGGAUAUUCGUAAAUUUGUACCUUGGAAAUAUCCACGAUCAUGGAUUCAUACGAGUUACAUUAUGAACGUCAAGGGAAAAGAAGUGCUUAUGCCUUCGCUCUCGCCGACCAUGGAAACUGGCACCAUUGUCAAAUGGAUCAAACGUGUGGGAGAUCCCAUUCAAGCUGGGGAUGCUUUAGCCGACAUCCAAACAGAUAAAGCUGUGAUGACUUUUGAGAUGGAUGAUGACAGCGUACUGGCCAAAAUUAUUGUUCCUGAAGGUACCAAAGAUGUUAAAGUCGGAACUCUUAUUGCUCUCACCGUCGAACCGGAUGAAGACUGGACCACAGUUGAAAUGCCGACUGGCACCGAUGUAGCUUCCCCAAGUUCGUCAACUCCUGCACAAUCAUCUGCAAGUGCGGAGCCCCAGGAAAUACCAGCUGGACAAAUAAGCGUAAUGAUGCCAGCGCUAUCACCAACAAUGACAACAGGGACGAUUGUCAAGUGGUUGAAAAAGGAAGGCGAUGACAUAUCUCCUGGAGAUGCUUUAGCAGAUAUUCAGACAGAUAAAGCCGUGAUGACUUUUGAAAUGGAUGAAGAGGCAACAUUGGCUAAAAUUCUUGUCUCUGAAGGAUCGCAAGUUGAAGUUGGUCAGCUAAUUGCAAUCACGGUAGAAAAAGGAACUGACUGGAAAAACGUUGUAGUUCCAACGAAUGUUCUAAAGUCGACGCCCAGUCCAGCUGCGCCGAGUUCAGCAUCAGCUUCCCCAACUUCCCAAACGCCUGUAGCUGCAGGACCAAAGCCACCAGCCAGUGGACAAGUUUAUGGCCUGGCAGUUAAACGACUCUUGGAAGAAUAUGGCUUGAGUUCGGGCUCUGUAAAAGGAACCGGUCGGCCAAAUCGUCUCCUCAAAGGCGAUGUCCUUGCUCAUAUACAAGCGAAUAAUAUACAGAAAGUCACACUCAAAGCUGAUGGUCCACCAUCGAGUAAAUCUGGAUCCAGUCCUACCCAAGUUAGGGGACCAAUUCUUAUUCGAAAAAAUGCUCCAUCUACGUACAAAGAUCUGGAAAUUAAUAACAUUCGUGCCGUUAUUGCUAAACGGCUCACGGAAUCGAAGAGCAAUAUUCCUCAUGCUUACGCUACGAUGAACAUAAAUAUCGACAAACUGUCCGAAAUACGAAAUAAAAUGAAGGCUGAAGGUGUUUCGGUUUCAGUAAAUGAUUUUAUUACGAAAGCCGUGUCGCACGCACUUCUCGAAUGUCCCGAUAUUAAUUGCCUAUACAAAGAUGGGCAGGUGAUCCGAAUGCAAAACGUUGAUGUGUCGGUUGCCGUCUCAACGCCAACGGGUUUAAUAACGCCGAUAGUGUUUGACAGCUCGAGAAAAAGCCUGACGGAAAUUUCCUCCAGUGUACGAGAACUGGCUGGUAAAGCGCGCGAUGGAACACUUAAACCAAACGAAUUCCAGGGUGGCACGUUCACAAUAUCGAAUUUAGGAAUGUUCGGUAUUAAGGAGUUUUCUGCGAUUAUAAAUCCCCCGCAAACAGCUAUUUUGGCUGUCGGUGCAGGACGAAAUGAGUUAGACUCUUCGUUGAGGAAAGUAACGCGGCUCACAGUGACCCUAUCCUACGAUCGAAGAGCCAUUAACGAAGAUCAAGCUGCUGAUUUCCUCGCCGUUUUACGAGCAAUGUUAGAAGAUCCAACCUUUCUCGCUGUUGGUCGUGCUCAAGCGCUUCGAUACGCACGUGAAUGACCAUUGACAAGAUCCCGUCAAAUUAUGAACUGCCAAACAGCUUCUCAGUGAGCUAUCCUGUGCGUUCAUCCUAAAGUGUUACCUGCCAUGAAAAUAGCCGUGGAAAUUGUUGCUUGGUGAAAAGCAAGAAACCUGUAGUACCAAAAACAAGAACACAAAAAAGAGACAAAGCACGGGCUCGAAGUUACGGAAAGUUCGAGAUCUUAGGAAAAUAAUAAUAUUUAUUGAUAGCUUGCCUACAUGUGGUACAAGAAAAAAUUGGGCUCACGAAAUAAAUGACAAUGAAUAUUGUUUGCAUGGACAUCGGUAUGGUAAUAAUGGAGCUGAUCGGUUCUGAAACGAGAAUAAUCUUAUUGAUAGCGUUGGUCUAUACUGUUUUUGUGCUGCACGAUCAAUCUCGUGGGUCCUUUUUUUAUCAAGAAAAGAACAGAAACCCCAAUGCUUGAUAGCAUUGUUGCAUAAUUAUAAUAGCAUCUCAACGGAGAACGAUCCGUUGGAUCUUGUGAAUAACAGAUUAUUUAUUCGAAACCUCGAGUUCGAUGACUAGAAAAUUUACGCUGUAAAUAACGCAAUUCUAUUGAGUUAUGUCCAAAUUAUAAAUAAUGAAAAAAAGAAUUACAAACAAA